AUGCACAUAUUUUAUUUAGUAAACUCGAAAAAAUCCAAAGUCAAUAAUAGCGAAAGUUUUAUUAAAGAUGAUAGGAAAUAUAAUUUAGAAAUCGAUUUAAAUAAUAAUAAUAAUAAUAAUAAUAAUAAUAAUAAUAAUAAUAAUAAUAAUAAUAAUAAUAAUAAUAAUAAUAAUAAUAAUAAUAAUAAUAAUAAUAAUAAUAAUAAUAAUAAUAAUAAUAAUAAUAAUAAUAAUAAUAAUAAUAAUAAUAAUAGUAAUAAUAUGGAAAAUGAAAAUAAUAGUGAUAAUAAUAGUAUGAAGAUUGAUCAAUUUCCUCAUCAAGUUGGAGGUCAUUCAGCAAUGCUUUCAGUUAAUGGUAAUAUAUGCAAACCAUUAAUUAACAGAGAAUUACAAUUUUAUGAAUUUUCACAAUUAAAAAAUAAUAUUCAUAGUUUUUUUAUUUCACCAUUUUUAGCCAAUUUUUUUGGUGUAGUUGAGGUUUUAAAAUCAAAAAAUGAUAUAGUUACAGAUCUUGAUCAAUCUCAAAACCAAGAAGCCCAACAACAACAACAACAACAACAACAACAACAACAACAACAACAACAACAACAACAACAACAACAAAAACCUUCACUUGGCUCACCAAAAUCAUCACAACAAUCUUAUAUGAGUAACCAACAACAAAUAAAUUAUAGUAAUAUUAUUAAUAAUAAAAAUAAAAAAAAGGUUAAAGAAUGUAAACAUCCUAGUGGUACUCAACAAAAAUAUAUAGUUUUGUCCGAUCUUACAUCGAGUUAUAACUCUCCAUGUAUUGUAGAUAUUAAAAUUGGAACUAGACAAAGAGGUGUCAUUUGUUCCUCUACCACUUCAACUUCUCAUGGUAUUAGAGUCUGUGGGAUGAAAAUUUAUUGUCCUCAAUUAGGUGAAAUGAUUACAUUUGAUCGUUACUUUGGAAGAACUUUAGAUGGAAAUACUCUUGAAGAAAGUUUAUUUCAUUUCUUUACAAGUAAUAUGUUUUUUAAUAAUAAUAAUAAUAAUAUUAAUAAUAGUAAUGAUAAUUUUAACAACAAUAAAAAUUUUAUUAGUUGCGAUUUUCAUUUACAAAGAAUUAAUCUUAUCGAAUCGAUCCUUGAAAAAUUGGGUCAAAUUGAAUGUAUUUUAUCAAAUAAAAAUGACCCAUUUCCAUUUAAAAUAUAUAGUAGUAGUUUAUUAAUUAUAUAUGAAGGCAAACCAAAUGAAAUAUUAAAUCAAUCAUUAAUCAAUAAUAUUAAUAAUAUAAAUAAUAGUAGUAAUAAUAAUAAUAAUAAUAAUAAUAAUAAUAAUAAUAAUAACAGUAAUAUAAAUAGUAUUAUUAGUGAUUGUAUGAAUAUUGGAUUUAGUGAUAUUGAUUCAACUUCAUCAUCUUGUACAACAACUCCAUCACAAUCUCCAAUUACAAAUAUUUUGGACUCAAAUAUUCAAAGUUCAACUGAUUCAUAUACCAAUAGUGUAGAAAACAAUAGUAAUAAUAAUAAUAACAAUAAUGAUAAUAUUAUUAUUAGUGUUAGUAAUAGUAUUAGUAUUCAAAGAAAUAUAAAUAAAAGUUUAGAGUCAAAUAGUUGUAUUAGUAGUAAUAAUAGUAUGAUUGAAGAUAUGGAAGAUGGAUUUCAUUCAUUUGGUAGCGAAGAAGAGAUUGAUGACUCUUGUGUAUCAAGUGAUUUAGAUUCUGAUUCUGAUGAAAUGCCAAGUAAUCGUAGUACUAGAAGCAAUAGUGGUAACUUUAGCGGUAGUAAACCUCAACCUUCUAAAUUUAUACAAAAUGCUGUAAAAAUGAUUGACUUUGCCCAUGCUAUUCCAAUUAUUGAAAAAGAAGCUCAAGAAGAUGAUGGCUAUUUGUUUGGUAUUAAUAAUUUGCAAUUAUUAUUAUUUAAAAUUAAAUCGAGACUUUUGCUUAGUUUAUCAGUUCAAAAAGAACAACAAAAUCAACAACAACAACAACAACAACAACAACAACAACAACAAAAUCAACAACAAAAUAAUUCUUCAGAACUCUCUUCACCUUCUUCUUCAUUCUCAUCAUUAAAUAAUUCGAUGAUUAAUAACAGAAAUGAUGAUUGUGGAAAUUUGGAAUUUUCAUUCAAUAAAAUGUUUAAUCAUCACCAUCAACAAAAUACAGUCAUAAAUACAAACUAA